AUGCUCCCCGUUCUUGCUCCUUCUUUAUAUUCUUUCAUGCCUCACCCAAUUGUCUCUCGUCUCCUAUCCUCCUUUGUUCUUUUUCUCCCCUUACUUCUUUUAAUUUCUCGCUUGUCUCCCUUUCUUUCUUUCAUGUGGUACCAACGGCAUUACUUCGUUCUCCCCUCAGCCCUAGUUGAUCGGCGCCGACAAGGUGGAAAGACCCGUGCGAAAAUGGACGCAUCAAUACACAUGAAAGCCGGGAUUAAGAAAUCUAUCUAUCUAUCUAUCUAUCUAUCUAUCUAUCUAUCUAUCUAUCUAUCUAUCUAUCUAUCUAUCUAUCUAUCUAUCUAUUCCCAUCUGUUCAUUAUCUAUCUAUCUAUCUAUCUAUCUAUCUAUCUAUCUAUCUAUUCCCAUCUGUUCAUUAUCUAUCUAUCUAUCUAUCUAUAUAUCCUAUCUAUCUAUUCCCAUCUGUUCAUUAUCUAUCUAUCUAUCUAUCUAUCUAUCAUCUAUCCCAUCUGUUCAUUAUCCAUCUAUCUAUCUAUCUAUCUAUCUAUUCCCAUCUAUCAUCCAUCCAUCUAUCUAUCUAUCUAUCUAUCUAUCUAUCUAUAUUCCCAUCUGUAUCUAUUAUCUAUCUAUCUAUCUAUCUAUAUUCCCAUCUGUUCUAUCUAUCUAUCUAUCUAUCUAUUCCCAUCUAUUCAUCUAUCUAUCUAUCUAUCUAUCUAUCUAUCUAUCUAUAUCUAUCUAUCUAUCUAUCUAUCUAUCUAUCUAUUCCCAUCUGUUCAUUAUCUAUCUAUCUAUCUAUCUAUCUAUCUAUCUAUCUAUCUAUCUAUCUAUCUAUUCCCAUCUGUUCAUUAUCUAUCUAUCUAUCUAUCUAUCUAUCUAUCUAUCUAUCUAUCUAUCUAUGUUUAUUCAAAUCUAAGAGAGGAGACGGCUUUAAAAUUAGUUUACAAGAUAUUUAAAUUUAAUUACAAGAGUUAA